AUGAACGAAUAUAUCGAUCUUGGCCACAUGGUACACGUACCGGAUGAUAGUGGACCUGGGUAUUAUAUGCUCCAUCAUCCGAUAAUUAAAACAUCUAGUACUACCACCAAGGUACGCGUUGUAUUUGAUGCUUCAGCUAAAACCGAUAAAGGUAUCUCAUUGAAUGAAGUUCUACUAACUGGACCUACUAUACAAGACAAUCUCUUCACUAUUAUUUUGCGUUUCCGCACCUUUGUUUAUGCUAUGACUUCUGACAUCGCUCAAAUGUAUCGGCAAAUCUCCCCAUUUUUAGCUAUACGCACCGUAACCCAACUUGCUGAUGACGAAUCUCAUAAUUUUCCUGCAGCUUCAAAAAUAUUAAAACGAGAUCUUUAUGUCGAUAAUCUAUUAACUGGAUCUAAUUCUUUGACCGAAAUUUUAAAAUUGCGUGAUGAAAUCAUUCAACUGGUGCGAAAAGGUGGAUUUGAACUCAGACAAUGGGCUUCAAAUCAUCGACAUGCACUGGAUAAUUUCGAUCAAAGAACUUUAGAUUUAGAUUGUGCUAUCAAUGAUGAUCCAAUUUCUAAAACUUUAGGCAUUGCAUGGAAUUCUCUAACGGACGAAUUUAUUUACACAGUCAAACCAAUUGACUCGUCGCGAAAAAUAACUAAGCGAACCAUCUUAUCUGAUAUUGCAAAAAUUUUCGACCCUAUCGGAAUUCUGGGUCCUAUAGUAUUAGCGGCAAAAACUAUCAUUCAAGACUGUUGGAAAUUGAAGGUCCACUGGGACGAAGCGGUCCCACAAAAGCUACAUUCACACUGGUGUAAAUUUGCUGAACAAUUACCUCUGGUUAAAGAUUUUUCUAUUGAGCGCAAUAUUUUACUUCCCAAUCCGACUGACAUACAAUUGCACGGAUUUUGUGACGCUAGUAAAGUGGGCUAUGGUGCUUGUAUUUAUAUAAGAUCAGUAAAUAAACGCGGAAACGUACUUACAAAAUUAGUUUGUUCUAAAUCUCGAGUUACUCCCAUCAAAGAUGUUACAAUUCCAAAAUUAGAAUUAUGCGGAGCAUUAUUACUUGCUAAAUUAUAUAAAGACACAAUUCCCUCCUUUGACUUUGAUAUUUCUAAAGUUACGUUUUGGUCUGAUUCAACUAUUGUACUUCAAUGGCUCAAACGGUCUCCUAACUCUCUGAAGGUCUUUGAAGCAAAUCGCGUAACAAAAAUUCAAACUCUUGGCAGUAAAGUCGAAUGGCGACAUGUUAGAACCAAAGACAAUCCGGCAGAUUGUUUAUCUAGAGGUCAACUUCCUUCUGAAUUCUUAAAUAACAAAAUGUGGUUAGAAGGUCCCACGUGGCUCUCACAGGACUCUCUUAAUUGGCCUAACUUAAAGCCUGCUGUUCCUUCCGAACUUCCAGGUACUCGAAAAAUUACCUGUUUAUUAGCCACUACUGAGAAUUUGUUUAAACGAUUUUCAUCAUAUUCCAAACUUAUAAUUUCCCUUUCUUAUUGUUUACGAGUGUUAAAAAAUAAUGCCUUCAAAUACAAAUCUUUAAGCGUAGAAGAAAAAUUAUCAACUGAAAUAAAAAUCUUGACUAUGAUUCAAAACGAACAAUAUCAUUAUGAAAUCGAACAAAUUAAGGAAACCGGAGAGACUAAGAACUUACGAUUGCGAUGUCUCAAUCCAUUUAUCGAUUCAGACGGACUACUGAGAGUAGGAGGUCGUUUGAAACAUGCUCCUAUAUCUUUUUCAAAGAAACAUCCUAUUUUAUUACCUUCACGUCAUUAUGUUACCGAUUUAAUUAUUAGAGAAACACAUGAAAAAUUAUACCAUUCAGGUAUACAGAGUACGCUUUCAAAUAUUAGACACAAAUUUUGGCUACUAGACGGUAAAAACCAGAUCCGUAAAAUUGUAAAAAAUUGUGUCACAUGCAUUCGACAUCAGCCUGUAAUACUGCGAGGUAAAAUGGCUAAUUUACCUAGAUCUCGAGUCACCGAAUCAGCGGCAUUUUCCCACGUGGGUGUAGACUACUUUGGACUGCUCUUUAUUAAAGAACGUAAAUUCAGAAACAGAACAAAAAUUAAAGUCUAUGGAUGCGUCUUUGUUUGCAUGGCUACUAAAGCUAUACAUUUAGAAAUUGCUAGCGAUUUAACAACAGAAGGUUUUCUCGGGGCAUUUGGUCGUUUCAUUGGUCGACGAGGAGUUCCAACUCACGUCUAUUCGGACAAUGGUACUAAUUUUGUAGGCGCAAAUAAUCAAUUGAGGAAUUCAGCGGUAAAAUCCUUCAAACACCACUUUAAACGAGUGGUAAAAGACCAACUUCUCACUUUCGAAGAAUUGAAUUCUCUAACCAUCCAAAUAGAAUCUAUACUAAAUUCUCGUCCUCUCUGUUCUCUAUCUAGUGAUCCUAAUGAUCCUAUCGCCUUGACGCCUGCUCAUAUUUUAAUAGGACGUCCUCUCACAAUGCUGCCUGAAAAUGAUUUUUCUGAUGUUCCAGAUAACAGACUCAAUGUUUGGCAAUUCAUUAUCAAGGCUAGACAAGACUUUUGGAGACGUUGGUAUUUGGAAUACCUCCAUGAACUUCAAAUUCGGCAAAAAUGGCAUUCCUCUCAAGGAGAAAUUUCAAUCAAUCAAGUCGUCUUAUUGAUGGAUAAAAACCAACCAUGUAUGGGGUGGCAGCUGGGAGUGGUGGUCGACAUUCAUCCAGGAGAUGAUGAUGUGACAAGAGUAGCUUCAAUCCGAACGGCUCAAGGGAUAUACACACGAAAUAUCACUCUACUAUGUCCUUUACCAAUCAAUUCUUGA